AUGCCUGUCCUGAAUCCAGCCAACAGUGGGCCGUUGGGAUCUCGGUACACCGACCAAUGGCGCCAACCAAUAUCCAACCGGGAGCCGGGCCAAGUUGCAAUGAGUGGAAGGCCAUCUCGUCGCUCUUCGCGAUCUGAAAACCUUCCAACGGUCCACCCAAAUGAUAAGGACCCUUUCAACUACACAACUGAGCUCGAGAGUGGAGAGGCCGUGACACCACGGGAGUCGACCGUCUUGGGGGCAUAUCGUCCCUGGAACAACCCUCGAGCCGCCGGGGAGCAGCCGAUGAACGCUAAAGUGGCCAUUCCCAGACUUGACCUUCCUCUUGUAGGCAAUACUGGUCGAGUUAGUCAGGCAUGCCACAACUGUCGCAAACAGAAGAACAAGUGUUCUGGUCAUCGCCCCUCUUGCCUCCGAUGUCAGGAGACCAACGUUCUCUGUGUCUAUGUCGACGGGAAACGAGAGAGAAAUGCUAGACAACUUACAGUGAUAACGAGCCAACUCCAACACUACGAAUCUCUCGUUCGCGAUCUUUAUCCCAAAUUAUUCGACACUGAGCUGGGCAAAGUCAUCGACCAAGCUCUCGAAAAAAUAGCUAGCCUUUCCCUGUCAUCGCCGACCCUUGCCAAAGUACCAGAUGAGUCAGAUUCAUCGGCCCGAACGCUUCCCUACGUGGAUCACACCUUGGAGGACUUUAAUAGAGACAUUUCCCUGCAAGCGAUUGGCUUUAUAGGAGAACAUUCGGCAUCGGCAUGGUUAUACAGGCUUAGGUGCUUGAUCGGUCCGACAAGUUCCAAUCCGGACGGUCAGUUCGAGGAAUCAACCCCUCUUUCAAUUUCUUCCUGUGCAUUCUUUAUCGAUGAUACAAGAAUCUCGCCGAUAAAGAAACUAGAUGCUCUCGCAUAUCCCUCAAAAGCGGUCGCCGAUGAACUUGUGGACAGAUACUUUCAAGUUGCCCACGCCUCCUUCCCCGUCGUUGGCAAAGAGAUAUUUUUAAGCCAGUGUCGGUCAUUCUAUUCAAAGUCCACAGCACACCCUGGAAACAAGUGGAUGGCGUUGUUGAAUAUGGUUUUCGCGAUCGCUGCAAGACAUUUCGAGCUUUCCGGAGACCAAUCUCAAGAUCACAAUAUCCACGCGGUGUACUUUACACGUGCCUGGCAAUUGCACACGAGCGAGAGUAUCCGAUUGGAGAAUCCGAACCUGCAGCAGGCACAGGUAGAGGGGCUAAUAUCACUUUACUUGCUUUCCAUCGGGCAGGCCAACAGGUCAUGGAGAAAAUGUGGGAUUGCAAUCCAGUCGGCGGUCGCGAUGGGUAUUCACCUUCGUAGCGAAAGCCCCAGCAUCACGCACGUGUCCAAAGAAACCAGAUAUCGGCUAUGGUGGGCGUUGUACCUGUUGGACAUUCUGCUCUGCGUCGUGACUGGACGUAUGCCCAGAAUGCAGCAAGAACACUGCACGACCCCUUUGCCGGUGCCCUACAAGGAGGAAGACUUCCGGGAUGAGCAUGUAAUGAGGCUCAUAUUGGACAUUCAAUCCAGAAGCCGCCUCAUGGCUUCUCUACUCUCCUUUGAUCCCUCGACUGAACCGAACGACCCUUUAGCCCACUCACCUUCUUCACCGUUCAUGUCUCACCAGGCAUCACCUAGCCUGCAGAUUCAGGCUAACGUCUCAUUAUACUUUCUUUAUUCCAUUGACUUGGCAGCUGUGAUGAGAGAAGCAAUCGAGAUCUUGUAUUCUCCCGAAGCGGGACGAAAAUCUCGGAAUGACACGGAACUGGCCAUGUUAUCACUCAACAGAGCCGCUGACAACUGGUUUGCGCGCCUUCCUGCGACUUAUAGUUUCGCGGAAAUUAGAGACGACCGACCCUUUGUCCGUCAACGCACGAGUUUGGCUUUUCAAUAUUAUUCGACCAAACUUGUCAUUUCACAACCCGCGCUUCGUUGUGACGUCUUCCCCACUGGUCUUGACACGCCAAUGGCAAUGGUCUGCCUCAAUGCGGCAGGCCAAAUGCUUGAUCUCCUACCCAAUGAACCGAACAUCUCCUGGCUCUUGGGUUGCUCACCUUGGUGGUGUUCUCUCCACUACCUCACGCAAAGCACUGUAGUGCUCACAACACAGUUGCUCAUCCAGAACCAACCAAGAGCCAGUGGGAGAAACGAGGCAUUGGAAAGGGUCCAAAAGGCUCUCCGGUGGUUGCAUGAGUGCUCCACCAAGGAUCCCUCUUACAAGCGGGCUUGGUGUAACUUCACAGAGCUGUUGUCAUCCCAAGGAUCGAAACUUUCAGAAUAA